CCAAGCCUGCCUUGCACUCAACUAACAGGGCCGGAAGCCAGGACUGCCCUUCCUAUCAUCUGGGAUUGCUCUGCAGCUGCACACUCACAGCAAGGCGCUGUCUAGCUGAGCAAUGAGGGUCCACGGCCUCACGCUGCUCUCCGUGCUCUUCCUGGCAGCUCAGGUGCUCUCUGAAAAAGGCAGACAUGGAGCAAAGAGUGCAGAGCACAGGAUAUCCGACAGGCACCCAUCAGGCCCUCUGGGAAAGGCCCAGUCUCAGCAGAGAAGCAGGGCAUCCAAGUCUAUGACCAAUGGCAAAUUUGUCACCAAAGACCAGGCCACGUGCAGAUGGGCCGUAUCUGAGCAGGAGCAGGGCAUCACCCUGAAGGUGGAAUGUACUGGAACAGACCAGGAAUCUUCUUGUGUCUUUGCCGGCAACCCCACUGAAUGCCUGAGGCACCACAAGGAGAAAGUCUAUUGGAAACAAAUUGUUCGGACACUGCGCAAAGAGAAAAACAUCUGUGGGAACAACUCCAAGAGUGUCCUGAAGACCAGAGUAUGCAGAAAGAAGUUUCCAGAAUCAAUUCUCAAGCUCAUAUCCCCUCCUCUGCUUGAUAACAUGAAGCCCAGGAAAGAGGAAGAAGAGCUCCUUCCUAGGGAGCCAGACAAGGUCGAAGAGGACAUCUCUAGCCCAGCGGUGACCCUGACCAUGACCAUCCAAGACACUGAGUGUGCGGACGACCCGGAAGUGGCAAACCAGAGGAGGAUUGCCCUGGCGUUCUGUGGGGAGAGCUGGAGCUCCAUUUGCUCUUUCUUCCUCUCCAUGUUCCAGGCCACAUCCUGCUAAUGAGGUCGGGGAACAACCUGACUAAGCGAUGUGAAGUCACCUGUUCCUCGGGCUGUUGUAAAGCUCUUCACCUUCUCCGUGGGAUAUAAACAUUUGGGCUAUAGGAGUGCAGUUAAAUAUUUAAACAAUUUUAUAGUUUUGGUUUUUAUGGUUGGUACAACAAUUUCCCUUAUAUACAAAGUCCUUGGACACGUUUACCUCUAUGUAUGCUUCCGUGGCCACAGAGCUGUGAGCCUAUGAAUAGUCAAGAGCAGUCUUUCAGCAAAACAAACCAGAGUGACGAUUCCAGCAAAAUCUUGCCAAAUUAACAAGGAUAAUAAAGCUCUGGGUGUUCUCAGAAAUA